AUGUCUGCUAUGUUGAAGGCUGCCUUUUCCAAGGUGCGCAACAACCUUUUCAAAGGUCAAUUGCCAGCAGUGGCCGUUGAUCCAAGUGAUUUCACCAUUGUUACCGAGGGUAAAGCCGACAUACUGUUCCCUAAGCAAGAGGAAGUGUUCUACAACCCGAUCCAGCAGUUCAACAGAGACCUGAGUGUCACUUGCAUACAGGCGUGGGAUCAUCUGUACGGAAGUAAGUUGAAGAGUCACCGCCAGAGGAAGAGGACAUCAUCGGAACCCGAAGCCAAGAGACGUAAACUGGAUCCCAAGGACGAGGAGCACAGAUACAUCACGAUACUGGAAGCCUUGUCCGCCACAGGACUAAGAGCCAUCAGGUAUGCUAAGGAGAUCCCGCAUGUCAAAGAGAUCAUCGCCAAUGAUCUGCUGCCUGCAGCAGUGAAAUCCAUUCAAAGGAAUAUUGAUUACAAUGGCGUGCAAGAUAUUGUAACUGCUAACCAAGAUGAUGCUAAUGUCCUGAUGUACAGAAACAAGUCUGAUAAUAAGAAGUACCAUGUGAUUGAUCUUGAUCCAUAUGGUACUGUUACCCCAUUUAUCGAUGCCGCUUUGCAAUCAAUUGAAGAAGACGGCCUAAUGCUAGUGACAUGCACUGAUCUCUCUGUUCUGGCAGGUAAUGGUUACCCAGAGAAGUGCUUUGCUCUUUAUGGUGGUGUCAAUAUGGUUUCCCAUGAUGCUACACAUGAAAGUGCGUUGCGUUUAGUGUUGAACUUACUUAAUCAAAGCGCCGCUAAAUACAAAAAGCACGUUGAGCCAUUGCUUUCCUUGAGUAUUGACUUCUACGUUCGUGUUUUUGUUAAAGUGAAGACAAGCCCAAUCAAGGUCAAAGAACUGCAGUCUAACACAAUGAUUACAUACCAUUGUUCUCAAUGCGGUUCUUUUGCAAAUCAAAAAUUGGGAAGGAAAGUUGAUAAACAGAGUAGAAAAAAGAAGCAGCAGACAAUUACCAAAUUUUCUGUUGCUCAAGGACCACCAAUUGACUCCAAGUGUCAAUUCUGUGGUGGAACAAGCCUUCUAGCUGGCCCAAUGUACGCAGGUCCACUUCAUAACCAUGAAUUUAUUGAGGAAGUACUAAAGAUUAACGAAAAAAGAUUCAAAGAGAAAGAUACCGUUUAUGGCACAAAGGAGAGAAUUAAAGGUAUGCUAACGUUGGCCAAGAACGAACUGAAUCAUGACGGAUCACAAUUUUAUUUCAGUCCGAACACAUUAUCUUCAUUAAUUAAGCUACAGGUUCCAGCUUUGAAAACCAUUGCUGCUGGGUUAGGUUCCCUUGGAUUUGAAUGCUCUCUGACUCAUGCUCAACCAUCUACAAUUAAGACUAAUGCUCCAUGGGAUGCAAUCUGGUAUGUGAUGAAAAAAUGUCAUGAGAACAAAGAGGACUAUCAAGGCAGAAACUUAGAAGAUAUGCCGGAAAAGGGUAUUGGAUACAGAAUUUUGAAAUACCUAGAAGAUAACAAAGAACAUUACGACCAAUUAUAUGGUGAAAAACUUUCAUUUGCACCUAAUGAAACCAGUGGUAGCAUUGAAAAGUUAAGAAAACUAAAAAUUGUUAGAUACCAGGAAAACCCAACCAAGAACUGGGGACCAAAAGCCCGUCCAUCAGGAAAAGAAACAUAA